CCAUUUUGGCUCAAGCCACUCGGGGUCCGCUCGCGUUCCAGAGGGCGCCCUGCCUGCCAACCCCCUGCCCGGGGUCCACGCGCCGCAUCGGCGCAGGCCCCUCCCCCCUCUUACCUUGAUGGCUUCUUCGGCUGAUAUCAAGGCAACGCUCUGGUUGUCGCUGCGAUUUGAAGACGGCGGCACCGAGACAGGCUUCAUCCAGGCUCACGCGGAGAAGCUUGCGUUCAACAUGGCCUGCCUCAGUAUGAUUGGCGUGGUUCUGGCCUGCACAGCUCUUGGUUUCAAUUGUAAUCUCUAUGAGUCUUGUCCAACCCCUGCGGCCGCGCAGGUGGAGAAGGAGGCCAUGUACAUCCUCAUAGGUUGUGCAGUACAGUAUUUUGUGGUCGCCUGCUGCUUUCAAACACGACACAUCAACGGACGCAUAGGUUUUGUGGAGCGGGAGUUUCUUGUUGUGGCGCUUCUAGUGGAGGCGCUGCUUGUGAACGCGUUCAUUGAUCCGUACUACUUGGCUAAGGUCCAGGGGUAUGAUUGCUACGCGCUGUGGCCUGAUCGUCACUUCACCGACUCGUCCUCUUUACUGUUUGUAGACGGGAUCAUCACCGCUGCACACAUGAUGCUUCCGCUACGGUGGUUUGUCCUCGUCCCAGUGCAGGUGGUGGGUGUGCUCCGCUACGCGUCGCUAGGACUACUGUUCAGCCCAGAAGAUCUACCAUUCGUCAAUCUUGUCUUCCUUGCGGCUCUGGUCUACGUUGCCAGUGUCGGGAAGCGAACCUUGGAGCAGCACGAGCGGCUCUUGUUCUCCAGCUUCCUCGCCGAGAAGAGCCUCCGCUUCCAGAGCGAGUUCGAGCUCUCGCAGGUUGCCCGGGUGAUCGGGGCCGCCCAGCCCGAGUCGGCAUCCUCCUGCGGAGGGGAGUCCGUCGUGCCGUCGACCACCGAUUCGGGCCACGCCUUCAACUCCGCCGUCAGCAUGGAGCCAGGGGACCUCCAGCAUAUCGCCCAGAUCGGCGCGAGGGAGCAGUGGCUCGUGGCGGCGGGCGAGCUCGAGAUCGAGGCGGCGAGGGUGCUCGGCGCGGGAUCCUUCGGCGUCGUCUUCUCCGGCUGCUACCAGGGCACCCCGGUGGCGGUGAAGAUGCGCAAGACGCGGAGCGGGCUGAACAGCCCCGCCCAGCUCCUGCAGCUCUGCAACGAGCUCCGCAUACUGCGGCGCCUGCGGCACCCCAACAUCGUGUUCCUGUACGGCGCCUGCCUGGACACGAACCACGGGGAUCUCGCUCUGGUGCUCGAGUUGGUCGACGGCGUGCAGCUGAGGCACUUCAUCUGGUCGGGCUCGUCUCCAGACUCUGGGCGCGCAUCGCCUAUGGACCAGAGAGGUCCGAGCGAUGCUGCCCGAUCGCAGGUUCUUCUCGACAUGAGCUGCGCCCUGCGGUACCUGCACACCCGCACGCCACGCAUCGUCCACGGGGAUCUGAAGGACACCAACGUCCUGGUCGAGCCCUCGAGAGCCCCGUGCAGCCACCGCGCCAAGCUCCUGGACUUCGGGCUCGCGCGCGUGUGCACCCGGCACGCCAGGGUUCUGGGCGGCACGCUGCGGUGGGUUGCCCCAGAGCUCGUCGGGAACCGCGUCAGGGCCCCCAACAGCUCCGCAGACGUCUUCUCGUUUGGCAGGCUGGUGUUCUUCGUGCUCACCGGCAGGUUCCCGAUCGAGAACGUGUCCCGCAGCAAGCUGCGGCAGUUCCUCAAGAGCGCCGAGCUGCCAGAGCUGCAGUGGGGGCACGCCGGCCGGGACGCUGCAGCUUACCGGCCACUUGUCGAGGAGUGCACCCAGGUGGACCCCAGUGUCAGGCCGCGCAUGACGCAGGUGCACGCGCGCCUGGCCGUCCUGCACGGUGGGGAGGGCAGCGCCCGCCUCGGCGACGGCGACCGCGCCGCUCCCGCCGUUGACCUGGCAGACUCCGCCGCGAUGCUGCAGCGCAUGCGCGGCAUCAUCAGCACUCCCACGCACAAGGUGGCCGCGGCCGCGGCGUCCGCGUGCAGCGUUCCAAUGCCACCUUCCGCCGCCGCCGACUUUGCAGAGGAGUCGUCGUUUCAACGUUCUAGGCACCUCUCGCCGGUGCCAGAAGACGGGGUCAACAACGGGGGCACAGGGACCACGCAAUCCCCAGAAGCCGAUUCCUCGCAGCCGUUGGCGCUGCCAGCAUUUCAGCGCACUCCGCGCAAGACCCAGCUGCUCAUGCUGAUCGACGUCAUCAUGCACUGCAACAUUGAGAUGCCGCCAGGGGCAUGCUGCUUCUUUCACGCAGGCGCUCGGCAGCUCAAGGUCGUGUGCGAUGAGCUGGAAGGCCGAGCAUGUCUGGACAUGCGCGACAGGGGAGUGAGCGGCCAGUGCAAGGAGUGCGGGGCUCUAGGGCGAGAGGACCCGGCCGCCAGUCGCAGCGCGUCGUACCUCGACGUGGUGAGGGAGUGUUUCUUUUGUGGCGGCGUCGUAGAGUUGUGCAACAAUGCCAGUACAGGCAAUUCGUGUGAUUCGAUUUAGUGGCAGCCGAUGACACUAGUUCAGCGGAGGUGGUAGCCCUGAUCGAGGCCAUCUCUUGCGGAACGGAGCUCGAUGCCAUCGUGACUCGAGGCUCAAAAGCUUCGUCUUUCAGCGAGACGCUCGUCCUUGGCCUUGCUUCCUACUAGCACUCCGCACUUGCAGAGUGGCCCUGCUGAUUUCACCCUGCUAGUGCGCCGUGUGGCGAUGUUCUUCUUCUUUUUCAAGGCAGGUCCCACUCUUGCAACAUUUGCCGGCUGCGUGUGGCCCUGUUGCUCCUGCGCUAGCGAAUCGGACUGUUUGAGUGUCCAUUGUCAUGGCAUCCACAACAGAACAGCGUAUGUUGAUCGGGGGGUCCCGCGGCAAAGAGUCGUGUGGCGCCCUCUUUUUAUGCCAAGAGUUCGGCAAAGUUUUGGUGACGCCGCUGUGCAAUUCUGUUUUGUUCGCCCAGGCUAUGCGACAUCGCGUCAAUCGAGCAAGCAGCAUCCAUCAUCAGUUGCUUGGCAAACGUGAAUUCCUGGAAAUGUGAUGAGAACGUCAUGGAGCACUCAUGGGACAGCCCCAGGACAGUUUCAGUAACGUCACUCGACUUGUUCAGUGAUCCGUCCCACAGGCUUGUGUAAGCCAUGGUGCGGAACGGGGUGCCGUGACCGCAGCUUUUCUGAGCUCUUGUUGCGGCUCUUCCGUUCGUUCCCUCAGUUCUGCGGCGGUCGUUAUGCCAGCCUGCCCGAAAAGAAGAGCAUGGCGUUCCGGCAGGCCGCGUGGAUGCUCACCGCGCAUCUUUCCCCUCUUUCUCCUCCGCCUCCCCCUGCCUCCUCUUCCACCUCCUCCUCCUCUUCUUCCUCCUCCUCUUCCUUUCAUGCAGCAGUUCACACUUAAAAAAAUACAUGCGUGUGCCUCAGCCUCGCGCCUCGGUGCCCCCUUCGCCGUGCCUUCGCGGCGCCGCGAGUGCGGGGCCGUAGCCGUAGCUGUAGCAGGGAUGGAUUCCCCAGCACUUUUUCCAAGCAGCGGUGAGGCGCCCUCAAUUAUGGCAAUUUUCUCGGAACUUCAGCCUUUGUGAGCCAAUCAGAGGCAUCGCAGAAA